AGGGUGAUUUUGUUUAUUUCACUCAUGCAGAAUGGAGGCUGGAGUUCUGAAUGCUCAGUGUAGUUCCCAGGUGGUUGUACUGCAGAUGGGAGAUGGAGCACAUGCAGUCACUGCGUCCACCAGCUCUGUUUGCACCUUAUAGGUGUUCCAAAGCAGCUCAGCUGAUGUUGAGCAACAUCCGAGUUUCCCAACGUGGCCACCAAAUCCCCCCAAAAAGGAGCUGGAAUCAGAUCUUCCACGGGACAUAACAGCUUCUGCCAUGUAGCCCUUUGUGUGCCCCAAAUGUUCACUUUGGUGGCUGCUUAGUUAAAGAAAAAGCAUGUGCCAACCUCGAGGCUGAGAACCCACAAAGCAUUGGGUGCCUUAUAGCCACGCUGUGGCAAUAGAAGUUGAUGCGUUUCUGAAUGCAGGUCAGGUCUGAAGCAAUCAGGUUGGUUCUCAGUUCAAAGCCUGCAGUGUGUCUGCUUGCAGUUUCCAGGCCUGAGGUUACCCAUGGGGAUGUGGGUGUUGUGUUGUAGCCUAACAAAGCUGAAAACCACAACCGGAAUCUCAGCAGGGCAUUUCCUGAGGUAGUGGUGGAGGGGCUCGGUUCUGGAGUAGUCUGGACUACAAGCAAUGUAAAGAAAUAAUGAUAUUCCGUGAGCUUCAGCAUCCCACUGCUGUGAGUCUGCAAGUCUGCAUGCUUUUCUUGCUGUUCAGCUGAUACGUGAGGAGCCACAGCAGCUGGAGCACCGUGGGGAUGGUAUCCUGCAGAAUUACACUACGGACCAUUUGACAGGCAUAUACUCUCCUACUCAGAUCGUACAAUCACCUACUUAGCUUGGCAGGAUGUCAGCCACAUGCUGAUUUUUGGAUUUGGCUUUUUCCUGAUGUUUUUGAAACGAUACAGUUUUAGCAGCGUGGGAUUCAACCUCCUGAUCAUCGUGCUUGGUGUCCAGUGCUCCCUUCUGAUGCAAAACGUAUCAGUUUUCCUGAAAGAAGGAAAAUUGAAAGGUAGUCUGGAAAGCCUAAUAGAAGCUGCUAUGAGCAUGGUUGCUGUGAUCAUCUCCAUUGGAGCUGUUCUUGGGAAGACUAAUCCCAUGCAAUCAAUUGUGAUGACAAUUGUAGAGAUAAUAGUUUUCUGUAUGAGCAGAUGGAUCAACACGUAUAUCCUGGAGGUCUCAAAUCAUGUAAGCAUGAUGCACGUUCACCUGUUUGGGGCAUACUUUGGUCUGGCUGUCUCCUCACGUUUCUCUGAGCCAUCACCAAGGGCUGAGAAGAAUGCGAGUACUCCGAAAUCGGACUUACUGUCAAUGUUGGGCACUCUCUUUCUUUGGGUGUUCUGGCCAAGCUUCAAUUCUGCACUGAUUGUGGAAAAACACAAAGUGAUCUUUAACACCUGCUUAGCACUUGCAGUGAGUGCUGUAACUGCCUUUGCAUUAUCUGGUCUGAUCACAAAGGAUGGAAAAUUCAGGAUGACUCAUAUCCACAGUGCAGCACUAGCUGGUGGGGUUACUGUUGGUUAUGCAGCAGAGAGUAUCGAGUAUCCCUGGAUUGCAAUGAUUUUGGGUCUCCUUGCUAGUGUGAUGAGCAUACUUGGAUCUCUCUGUUUACAGAGCUGCUUGCACCCUACUCUCAAGAUUCAUGAUGCAUCUGGAGUUCAUUUCACAUUUGGUUUGCCUGCUGUGUUUGGAGCUCUUGCCCAAGUUCUUUUGUGUGUAAUCGAGACUAAAUCACUAAGCUUUGACUGCGAGGUCAUACUGAACAUCGGUGCCAUCUGUUUCACCAUCAGUGUUGCCUUGAUAACAGGUCUUAUUACAGGUUUAAUCCUAAACCUCAAACUAUUGAAGCCCAUCCCUGUCUCCAAGUAUUUUGAAGACCAGAUGUAUUGGGAGUUUCCUCAUCUGGCUGUUGGAUUUUGAAUGGAUGAACCUAAAUGAAAGACUUGACCAAGAUCUGUAUAUUUGUCAUUAAAGAAAAUGAGUAAC